AUGUCGGACCAAGUCCUUUACAUCGCAGUCCUCAUCGGCUUGUACUUGUUGUACAGGUUUUCGAACUCAACUGAUACUCCCAAGAUCAAGGGAAUUCCUGAGAUACCUGGUGUUCCAAUUUUCGGAAAUUUGAUCCAGCUUGGUACGGAUCAUGCGAGGGUAGCACAGAAAUGGGCAGCCAAGUACGGCCCAGUCUUUCAAACGCGUCUUGGAACGAAGCGAGUCAUCUACGUCAACUCUUAUGAUGCAGUUAAGCAUUUCUGGAUAACUCACCAGUCCGCGCUCAUCUCCCGCCCGAUGUUCCACACAUUCCAUUCAGUAGUUUCUUCCUCUCAAGGCUUCACAAUUGGCACCUCACCCUGGGACGAGUCCUGCAAAUCCCGCCGUAAAGCUGCCGCCACUGCGCUCAAUCGCCCUGCCACGCAAUCCUACAUGCCAAUUCUCGACCUCGAAUCUGUGGUGAGCAUCAAGGAGCUCCUCGAAGAUUGUCAAGACGGGAAGAACGACUUGGAUCCGGCUCCUUACUUUGCUCGGUUUGCGCUCAACACAUCGCUGACCCUGAACUACGGCUUUCGCAUUAAUGGAGAUGUCAACAGCGAACUCCUCCAUGAGAUCACCCAUGUGGAGCGCGAGAUUUCCAACUUCAGAUCUACGAGCAACAACUGGCAGGAUUAUGUGCCCUUGUUACGGCUCUGGGGCGCACAGAAUUCAUCCGCUGGCGAGUUCAGGGCAAGACGGGACAAGUACCUUACGGAUUUGCUGAACGACCUCAAAGGGCGGAUAGCCAAUGGUACAGACAAGCCGUGUAUUACUGGAAAUAUUCUCAAAGACCCCGAAGCCAAGUUGAAUGAAGCCGAAAUCAAGUCCAUUUGUCUCACCAUGGUAUCUGCCGGUCUGGAUACGGUUCCAGGUAACCUGAUCAUGGGCAUCGCAUAUCUUGCGACGCCUCAUGGCCAUGAAAUCCAAGCCAAAGCGUUGGAAGAGAUCCACAAAGUGUACCCCAAUGGCGAAGCUUGGGAGCGAUGUCUUACGGAAGAGAAGGUCCCUUAUAUCACGGCGCUCGUCAAGGAGAUCCUACGCUUUUGGACAGUUAUCCCGAUCUGCCUCCCGCGGGUAAACAUUAAGGAUAUCCCUUACAAGGGUGCCACGAUCCCUGCAGGAACCACCUUCUUCAUGAAUGCAUACGCCGCAGAUUACGAUGAAUCAAGAUUCGCGAACCCCUACGAGUUUAACCCAGAACGGUAUCUGAACGACAAGGAGGUCGGAACGCCUCACUAUGCGUAUGGUGCCGGAUCGCGAAUGUGCGCUGGUUCCCAUCUGGCCAACCGCGAGCUCUACACAGCCUUCAUUCGCCUCAUUACCGCCUUUGAAAUGUUGCCGCCCAAAGACAAGAAAGACUUUCCGGUCAUGGAUUCAAUUGAGUGCAAUGCGAACCCAACGUCGCUGACCACGGACCCAAAGCCGUUCAAGGUUGGGCUCAAGGUGCGAUCUGAGCCGCAGCUGCGGAAAUGGAUUGCGGCCGGCGAAGAACGAACCAAGGAAUUGAGAUAA